ACUUUCUUGAAAAAUUUCCGAUAAUGUUUGAUACUUUUUUCUGCCUACACACAAAAAAGUUGAGACAAAAUCGGCAAAUAAAUGAAUCAUCAUUUCAGUAUUUUGCUUCAGUGUUUUAAAUCAAAGCAUUCUUCUAUACAUCGGCUAUCGGUUCUGUUUGGAUUCAUAUGAAAACUUGGUUAUAUGAACUGCGUUUACUUGUAUUUAUUGUUUUUGCUAAUUAGGCAUUUCAAACUCGAUAUUAAUCCCAAUUUGAUUACUGCAUACACAGUUCAAUUCACAAAACAUACGAAAGUCAAAACAAAAUUUGCAAGAUCAGCGCAGAUCAGCGUCGUCACCACUUGAUUUGAUAAUAAGCAUAUUUUAUUAAUAUCACCGACAAAAAUAUAGAAUUGUUUGGUUUAAUAUCAAAUGUAAACAAUUGAACGAAGAAGUACGAUGCAUGAAAAGAAAUUGAAUUUGUGUCAGUUCGUAAUCAGCUCAUCGAUUAGUCGGUUGUUUUCUUGCAAAAUCAAUAGCAAAGUUUCGAUACUGACUUUUACAUUUAAAAUGUCUUUGCCACAAAAAAAAACAUCGAAUAAAAGUGGAAAAGGUGUUGAACCGAAACGAAAUCCAGAGGCUACAUUGGAAAGUUUUUGGAACAAAAAAAGCCGAGCGAAAGAAGCAAGUUCAACUACUGCAGAACGAGUUGAUUCAAGUGAAAUUGUUCCAAGCGUGAUUGUUUCAGAAGAAAUUGCAAGUGGAUCUGGAACCACAUCCGAACGAACUGAAACUAUUCAUGAGCCGAACGAUAUCUCACAGAAAGGAGAAGACAAGAAGAUUCAAGUUUUCAAUAAUUACAAAUUCAAAAAGCAGGAAGAUGGACGGUCGUUCCAAAGCAAAUGGCUCACAAACUUCGAGUGGUUGGAAUAUUCCAAAGAAAAAGAUGCGGCGUUUUGCUACGCAUGCCGUCAAUUUGGACUGGGCAACGUGAGUGAUGUCUUCACAACGACUGGCUAUGACAAAUGGCAAGCGGCUUUAAGUACAGGCAAAGGAUUUAAAAAGCAUGAAUCAACUCCAUCUCAUAUAAGCAGCAUGCUUUCAUGGAAAGAGAAAUUGUGUAGGUCAAGUUCAAACCAAGAAGUGUCAACUCUUUUGAAUGAAACCGUUUUAGAAAAGCGACGUUAUUAUUUUAAAAAGAUCAUCUCAACGAUUUUAUUCUUGGCGCAAAACGAGUUGCCUUUGCGCGGGAACUGGGACAGUGCAGAAGAUAAAGAAGGUGGCUUAUUUAAUAAUUUAUUCGAGUACAAUUUGGAAAACGAUGAACAUUUGCGUCACUGCCAAGAGCAAAUGCCUGCAAACGCAACGUAUACGUCUCCUCUCAUCCAAAAUGAAAUCAUUCAAAUCAUUGCCGAUCUGUUGCGUGAGAAAAUUGUUGCCGAUAUAAAUGAUUCUACCCAUUGCACUUUGAUGGCCGACGGAACCAAAGACAAAAACCUUCGGGAAAUCAUAUCAAUUGCGUUUCGUUAUAUCAAGAAUGGAAAGCCAGUUGAAUCACUUCUGUGUUUUGUAAAAGCUGACGACAUCACAGCAAAAGGCAUAACACAAUUGAUCAUCGACCAAAUCACAGAAUAUGACAUUAUUGUUGCUAAAAUAAUCUGCCAGUGCUAUGACGGUGCGUUCGUCAUGAGCGGAGAACAUGGUGGUGUGCAAACAUUGCUACAAGAAUACUUCAAACGAAAAAUCCCCUAUAUACAUUGUUUUAAUCACCGUUUGCAUCUUGUCGUAAUAGCUGUAGUGUCGGAAAUAGACUCAUGCCGGUUAUUUUUCGAUCAAGUUAGGCUUCUGCAUAAAUUUUUCAAUCGUUUCAAGGUUCGAAGAGAAUACGACGGAACGAACAUUCCCAGACUCAUUGAAACACGAUGGUCCGGCCAUUUAAAAGCAAUUGAAACAAUCGCCCAAAAUUACGAUGAUUUGCUUGCUGCAUUGGACACGAUAAAAAAUGGCAAUGGAAAGAACUUUGAUGCCGACGACAUUGCAUUAGCUUCAGGCCUGUCAAGUGCAAUUAUGGAAAAGAAGUUUUUGUUCAUGCUGCAUUUUUUAUGUCAUUUACUCAGUUUGAUAGAACCAGCCAACAAAAUGCUUCAAAGCCGUGAAAUAGGAUUUAUUCAAGCGAAGCCGAUAAUUGAAUCCGUUCACAAAACCGUGCUGGAUCAAAGAACGGAUGAAGCGUUCAACCGUUUUCUGCAAAUCGCUGAAAAAGUAAUGAGCAAUUUUGAAGAUUUCGAGCCGAGACCACAGAGAAUUCGUCAGCGUAGCACCCGAUUGAAUAACUCUAUCGUAUUGGAGACGCUUGGGGAGCGUCACAUUGAAGUAGAUGCGCAAAACAACGUCGAAAAAGAAACAUUGUUGCUGAAAUCGCAGUAUUUCAAUGUAAUCGAUCGCGUUUCAAGUGAAAUGGCUCGUCGCUUCGAUGAGAACACCGAUAUUUUGACUGCUAUCGAUGAAGUAAACAACAUAGGUGACGAUGAUUUUGAUCGAAAUGCGCUCAAGCCGUUGAGCGAAAUUAAUUUGACAUUGCCCUCAGAAGCCGAAUUAUCCGUGGUGAAACAAUUUUUAUCGAAAGAAAAAAACAAGCAAGGAAUGUCCAAGUUAGAGAAGCUAUUUCCAGUUAGAGAAGCUAUGAAUGAUACGUAUCAACUACUGGAGGCAGCUGAAACGUUUGCAAGUAGCACGGCA